CCAGAAAGGACAGCCCAUGUUAGCAGCUAGCACACCAACCUUUUCAAAUCAAAAAACUGAAACGCAACAUGGUACUUAACAGACAACAUAGAGGGAAUAAAAAAAUGAGAAAAAAAGGAAAAACAUGAAAAAGUCUCGGUCCUGAAAUCUAGCAUAUAAGAAGCACCUUUGUUUUUGAGUCUGCUCUUAUCAUCCAUCUUUGGAAAACUCGUGUGUGUAUCUUCAGCUUUCCAAAUUCUCUUUUCAGUUUCAAGAACCCGUUUCCUUGCCUUUUCUAGUUCUAAUCUCAAAAGGGUCCUCUAGAUGCUUUUAGGCUUUAACUGGUGUUUUCUGAUUCAAAAGUUUGUUUCUUUGUGGGUUUUAUGGAGCUGCUAAAGUUCUAGCUUUAAUGGGUACAAGGGAAAUGGAAUUAAUGCUGUGUCUAUGUUGAAGGUUAAUUUCUUUGGAUUCUCCUGAUUCUCUUUAUGAAAGGAGUCUGAUAGAUGAUACAGAUAAGGUUAACCAAAGUGAGGAAAGAGUCCUGAAACUUCACGAGUUGAACGGAGUGGUAGACCGGUCCUCAAGUCCUUUAAAAAGAGAAGUAGUUAACAGACUGAAUCCAUGGUUCAAUACUAGAGUGUUACCUUUGUUGAGAGUGCACACUGAAGCUUGGAAAUUUUCCAAUUAAUUAUGAAAAAGGUUAUCUUAUUCUUUCUCAAUGAAGUCUCUUGAGAAUGAUGAAAUUGAUUUGGAAGAUGGCAAGUUGGAAAAGGAUAAAGAUAGACCAAUACGUAGUAAAGGUGUAGUUAGAAUACAGAAUGAAGCCUUAUUAUCUGGCUUUGCAUAUUGCAUUUCCUCCUGCAGCAUGAUACUGGUCAACAAAUAUGUGCUUUCCAGCUAUGAUUUUAAUGCUGGGAUAUCUUUGAUGCUUUACCAGAAUUUCAUCUCGGUGAUUAUUGUGUCAACGUUGAGUUUGCUGGGUGUAAUAUCAACAGAACCACUCACUUGGAGAUUGAUUAAGGUCUGGUUACCUGUGAAUUUUAUAUUUGUCGGGAUGCUUGUUACAAGCAUGUUUAGUUUGAAAUACAUCAAUGUUGCCAUGGUCACAAUCCUGAAGAAUGUUACUAAUGUCAUAACUGCGGUUGGUGAAAUGUAUUUAUUCCAGAAGGACCAUGACAGUAGAGUAUGGGCUGCUCUGUUUUUAAUGAUUAUUUCGGCCAUUUCUGGUGGGAUUACUGAUCUUUCUUUCCAUGCUGUUGGCUAUGCAUGGCAGAUCAUAAACUGUUUCCUAACAGCAUCUUAUUCGUUGACUCUACGCAGGGUCAUGGAUACAGCUAAGCAUGUCACGAAAUCUGGAAACUUGAAUGAGUUUUCAAUGGUUAUGCUAAACAAUACUCUUUCUUUGCCUCUGGGGCUUAUUCUUAUUUUUGUUUUCAAUGAAGUUGACUAUCUGUCCAGAACACCACUUUUGAGGUUGCCUACCUUUUGGUUUGUUGUGACUCUUAGUGGAUUUUUGGGUCUGGCAAUCAGCUUCACUUCUAUGUGGUUUCUUCAUCAAACAGGGGCUACCACAUACAGUCUUGUGGGAUCGCUGAACAAGAUUCCCCUGUCUGUUGCUGGCAUCUUCUUGUUCCACGUGCCCACCAGUUUGCAAAACUCAGCAAGCAUUUUAUUUGGUCUUCUGGCAGGAGUAUUUUUUGCUAGAGCCAAAAUGCGCGAGAGAUCUCAGAGCUGACUCUCCCGCCUUGUAGUAACUGUUUGUAGACAUGAUUGAGACAUGCAAUCGAGUGAAUCACAUCUGACCUCUUGCACACAUCAUAGACUGGGGAAUUGGUCGAGUAGUUCCCUUGAUGAAGAAAACAUUGCAGCACAUCUUUUUUGUUGUAUUUCAGAAGCCUCCAUCUGUAGUUUUCCGGGCAUCCUUUGGCCCGGGUAUUUGCUUUUUUGUUAGAGAUUCUUUUAUCUGCU